AUGCGUAUUACUACUCUAAUAGGCCUUGUGGCCGGACUCGCCAGCCAGACUGUCAACGCAGCCUGCAGCGCACCCCUCAACAUCGACGACUUUUCCAAGCAGAAUUCUAACCAGAACAGCUUGGGCGAGUGGACCAGCGACGAUGGAACCAUGACCUCCAUCUCGGCCAGCGGUGGCGUCCUAUCCUUCAAGCCCAAGUCGGGAUCCUACUUUUACGAGACCUUCCCUUGCCAGGCUGCCAGCUCCAAUGGAUACAACUCCGUCAGCUUCCAGAUGAAAGGACCCGCUGGUGGCUCUGCCACUCUUGAGAUCCAGACCAAGACCAGCUGCUCGGCUACCACGUACACCUCUAAGUACGUCUCGAUCACUGGAUUGACUGGUAACACCCAGACCAUCAACAUUCCUCUUUCUCAAUUCACUGGUGCCAACGCGAAUGCCGUCACUGGUCUCGUUUGGGCUGGAUUCUCUUCCACUACCGCUACAUGGCAGAUGAGCAACAUCGCCUUUGGUUGUGGUAGCAGUGCAGGUGGCAGCUCCGUUGCUACCUCUGCUUCUUCCACCAAGGUAGCCACUACCUCCUCGGUCCGCAGUACCAUGACAACUAUCUCGACUCCCACCGCCUCCGCUGGAACCUGCUCUCCUUUGUUGAUCGAUGACUGGAUUUCCCAAUCUCGUCUGACUUUCUUGUUCUACAACGCCAUGGGCUACCCCACCUCCGAUGAUGCUACCAUGACUUCAGUCACCGUUGGAAAGCCUGCUACUAACAGGGUUGAGUUCGUUCCCAAGGCCAACUCGUACUUCUACACCCAGUUCCCCUGUGUCAAUGCUAAGAACAAGUACACCGGUAUUUCUCUUCGCAUCAAGGCUCCCAAGGGCGCCACUUUGUCCGUCCAGCUCGACUCCUCCGACAACUGCGACCCUACUAACCCUAAAUCUACCUACGCAUCUGCCACUGACCUUGGCUGGACUUUCGAUGGCACCGAGAAGCUGUAUACCAUUCCCUUCAGCAAGUUCGCUGGCCUCAACACCGAGAAGCUUACCACUAUCCUCUUCUCUGGUUUCUCUGGUACCACUUCCUUUGGCCCCAUGGCUUUCUACUGUGGAAACUCCGGAGAGUAUGUCGUGCCUCCCACCUCUGCCGACCCUGGCGCCUCUGCUACCGUCCCUGCGCCUAGCAACCCAUCGGCUACUGCUCUUGUGAUUGACAAGUUCGCCAACGCUAACACCAACGCCAUGGGCAACUGGCAUGGUGGUGACGAGGGCAUGACUCUCAAGUACGCCAGCGGCAAGCUCACCAUCACUUCUCCCGAUGCCGACUACUCCUUCUACACUCAGGUGUCUGGUGGCUGUGCCGACUUCACCAAAUACAAGGGAUCUUACCUUCACAUCGCCUACACCGGUACCACUGCCUUCACCGUUGCUUUCCAGCAACACAACAGCCAGUGCAAGACCGAGAUUGCUCCCUUCCCUGAGACUUGGGAUUCCGCUGAGGCCAGUCGCUACGCCAAGAACGGACAUAUCUACAUCCCAAUCAACCACUUCAACAUUGAGCUCUCUCGCGUCGUCGGUUUCGCGCUCAAGGGUUUCCACACCACCGAGUCCGUCACCCUCUCUGUCAUCGAAAUCGUCUCCUCUGUCCCAGCCGGCACUACAAUCCCCAAGAAGGAUGAGACUGGUAACCUGGUCUUCGCCUGCAAGCGCCCCAACUCCUUCGCUUUCGCUAUUGACGACGGUCAACCCGACCUUGCCCAGGAGGUUCUCAAGAUCAUCCGCGAAGAAGACGUCAAGGUAACUUUCUUCACUGUCGGCGCUCCCCUUCUCGACGCCUCCACCAACCUGACCAACGUCUACAAGGAGAUGAUGGCCGCUGGCCACCAGCUCGCUCUCCACUCUUUCACUCACCCCAAGAUGGAGGGUCUCCCUGACUACGCAGCCAUCGACUGGGAGUACAACGAGGACGUCAAGGCCAUGAAGUCUCAAUUCAACGGCUACACCUCCACCUACUUCCGUCCUCCUUUCGGUAACGAGGGUGCCCGUAUGCGUUCGCGUCUUACAAAGGCCGUUGGCAACACCGCUAGCAUUGUCAACUGGAGCGUCGACGUUGAGGACUGGUUGUGGGCCGAGACCGACACUCCCGAGCAGCAGAAGGUCGCUUUCCAGCGUGAUGUUGACAAGGGUGGUAACCUUGUGGUUCUCCACUACCUCUACCCCAGCACUGUCAGCUACCUCCGCGAGUUCAUCCAGAUCGCCAAGGCUACUGGCAAGCAGCUUAUGCGUGUCGACCAGUGCAUGAUGGACCCUAACGCUCCUCCUCUAUAG